UAUAUACACCUGCCAUUAACCUCAGCCAGUUAAAGUCUGAAGCUUCAUUCUUGGGAUAUAUUUACAUUAAUAGACGUGGUCUGCAUUCAGGAGAUAUCACAAAGAUGGCCAGUAGCAAAUCUACUGGCCCCUACCAGGAGGAAAGUCCUCUCAGUUUGUUAUUUGUCAAAGUUAUACGAGCCCGGAACAUCCCAUGGGCAGACUGGAUGAGCAAUGCCGAUUGUUAUGUGUCUCUUUGGCUUCCCUCAUCAACAAACAAGUUGUUGAAAACAACAACUGCAGCAGAUACAAGUGACCCUGUGUGGAAUGAAACUUUUCAGUUUAAGAUCUCUGCUAACAUGAAGAAUGUGUUGGAGUUGACCCUUUAUGAUGAAGAUGCUGUUUCUCAAAACGAUCUGCUCUAUAAAGUGUUCAUUGAUGUUGCAAAAAUAACUGCUGGGGAGACACUGAAGCACAGUUUUCUACUCAACCCACCGGGAGGAGAGACACUUGAAGUUGAGUUUAGUAUGAAGAAAAUGCCUGCUCACCCAGAGACCAUUGUUACGAACGGCGUGCUUGUGGCUAGAGAGCUGUGCUGCUUGGAUGUUUGUGUAGACAAACAGAAGAUACCAAAGACUUUGCAAGGAGAAGAACUUCUGUUAAAGGUGGAAAACUCUUGUGAAAAAUUGUAUAAAAUGGGCCUGAAUCCAACAGCUGGUCCUGAUCGCACCGAGACCUGCUCUUUCCACAGCAUCAAAAGAUAUGAUUCACAGCUGAGUGCCCACUUACAGACAGCAAAAUCUGAAGACAUUGAAUCUCAAGUAAACGUGCCUCUGAAUUCACUUCCUGAAGGAAAAGAAGAGACUGUCCGUCUUCAUGCAAAGCCUGAGGCACGCUUGGAGAUGAAGGUUAAGGCACAAAACUGUAAGGAGAAGUUGGAUGUUCGCCUGGGGUUUGAUCUCUGUGAGGAUGAGAAAGAUUUCCUUAGUAAAAGAAAGAAAGUAGCUGCUGCCGCAUUAAAGAAGGCUUUGAAGCUGGACAGGGACUUGGAGGAGGACGAGGUUCCUGUAAUUGCUGUUACAACAACUGGAGGUGGCACACGGGCAAUGACUGCCCUUUAUGGCACCCUGUCUGGCCUGAAGAAGCUGAACCUUUUAGACUGUGUGUUUUAUAUAACUGGGGCCUCUGGUUCUACAUGGGCAAUAUCAAAUCUGUAUGAAAAUGCUGAAUGGUCACAGAAGGACCUGGACAAGCCAAUUGAAGAUGCAAGAAAGAAUGUGACCAAAGACAAAAAAUCCUCUUUCACCUUGGAAAAAAUUCUCCAAUACCGGGAAGAAAUGAAGAAAAGAGCAGAGAUGGGAUACAGAACUUCCUUCACUGAUAUUUGGGGUCUAGCGAUAGAAUCCAUGUUCCACAGUGGGAAUGAAAAAACCACUCUUUCUAAUCAGCGGAAAGCACUUGAACGUGGACAGAAUCCCCUGCCCCUAUGCCUGGCAAUGAAUGUCAAACACAUUGAAAACACCACUAUGGAUUUUAAAGAGUGGUGCGAGUUCUCUCCUUAUGAAGUUGGUCUUCUAAAAUAUGGUGCAUUUAUUAAUUCGGAGAACUUUGGAAGCAGCUUUUACAUGGGGCGACUAAUAAAGAAACUUCCAGAGUCAAGGAUCUGUUUUCUGCAAGGGUUGUGGAGUAAUAUAUUUUCAAUAAAUCUGAUGGAUGCCUGGUUUGCUGCAGUGAGUUCUGAUAAUUUCUGGCACCGAUUUACCAGGGACAACAUUCAAGAUCUUGAUGGAGAAGAAGCUUUAAGAAGAAAAUCAGCUUCCCCCAGUUUGGCAACUUCUCUUCUUCAACCAGCCGGGUACAUUGGCAGCACCAUCAGAGAUAUUCUGACUAGCCGACCAAUUGAUGGGGAGCACCACAAUUUUCUGAGAGGACUUCAGGUCCAUAAAGAUUAUCACUCUCAUAUGGGAUUCUGCUGUUUUAAAGAUACAGAACUGGACACGUUUCCUAACAAGCUGACUCCAUACUCCGAUGACCUUUGCUUGGUUGAUAGUGCCUAUUACAUUAAUGCCAGCUUCCCACCCUUGCUACGGGAAGAGCGUAAAGUGGAUGUCAUACUCUCAUUUGAUUAUAGCCUUUCGGGAAGAUUCAAGUCUGUGGUACAGACAUGCGACUACUGCACCAAUCAAAAAAUAGCUUUUCCCAAAGUAAAUGUGACCGAUAAAGACCGCGAGAACCCAAAGGAAUGCCACGUGUUCACCAAUUCAAAGGAUUCAGAGGCCCCCAUUCUUCUUCACUUUCCACUUAUAAAUGACACAUUCAAGACCCACAAGGAACCAGGGGUGAAGCGCAGUCCUGAAGAAAUGGAGGGAGGGAUGGUUGAACUCUCAGGCAAGUCCCCUUACAACCUCCUUAAACUGACUUACUCCAAAGAAAACUUUGACAAGCUCCUGAAUCUGACCGAGUACAAUGUGAUGAACAAUGAGGAAGCCAUCUUGCAGUCCCUGCGUGACGCCAUUGCACAAAAACAGAAGAGCAGGAGAAACAGUGGAACAAACAGCAAUCAUUAGGGUGGGAAUUUGCCCCAAAUCAGAUACAGCGAGCCCAUUCUCAAAUGAUGAGCUUCUAUUCACUUAAAUGAUGAGCUUCUAUUCACUUAAAUGAUGAGCUUCUAUUCACUUAAAUGAUGAGCUUCUAUUCACUUAAAUGAUGAGCUUGUAUUCACUUAAAUGAUGAGCUUCUAUUCACUUAAAUGAUGAGCUUGUAUUCACUUAAAUGAUGAGCUUCUAUUCACUUAAAUGAUGAGCUUGUAUUCACUUAAAUGAUGAGCUUCUAUUCACUUAAAUGAUGAGCUUGUAUUCACUUAAAUGAUGAGCUUGUAUUCACUUAAAUGAUGAGCUUGUAUUCACUGCCUGCUGGCUCUCUUGGGCAAGACGUGAAGGCCUUACAGAGUUGGCUACAACAUUUGUCUUAUGAACUGAUAAAUAAUAAUAUUAUAGUAGAGUAUUUGUAAUUAUGUGCUAGACUUUAUUUCAUCUGAAUGGACAUGUGCCUUGUUUUGUUUUCUAAUCUCAACUGUUAAGUUAUUAGAAAAAACAUUUUUUCAUGAGAGAGAAACAUUGUCAACAAUAUGAAUAACCCUCCAAUAAAUGUAGUCUUUAUAUUUUAAA